UGGAUCUUUAAGACUGUUCAUUACUAGUAAAUAGAAACAAGGAUUUUUUUUUGUGUGUGUAUUCAUCUGUUUCCUUCAACUUGUCUGAGAGUAUAAACUUGAUCCAGUAGUUUAUUUUGCCAGCUCAUCAGUGUUUUCUAUAUGUGAUAUUGUGUGUAAACAUCUCUAAAGGAAGUAGAGUUUAUUAUUUUCCUUUAUAGUUUCAGUGGCGAUUUCUUUCCCUUCUUCUCUAUCUCCUUUCUUCUUUCCUCUUUCUUUCUUGCCUUCUUCCUUCCCCUGUUCUUCUUUAACCCAGUUUUCCUUUUGCCCGGUUGCUCUAGUAACCACUCCCAUGACUAUAUGGAGUGAGAAUCGAUGCAGACAGCCUUAUCUUCUUGUAGUCUGAGGAGGUUAGUCACUAUUGAAUAGGAUGUAUCUGUCAUAUUGCGGAACUGCACUUCCACUCCUCAUGUGUCAAGUGUUCUUAGCCGAUGCCUCUUCUACUUCAGUUGAGAUGCUCACCAUCGGGAGUGGAAGAGAGGCCAGGAGUGGGCAGAAGCCAGGAGAGCACCUGAAAGGCUUCAGUUCGGGAUCCAGUAUGCCUUUAUUUUAUACCCUAAAACUACAAGGCGAGGUGAGCAGGCAGGCAGGCAGGACACGGUAUUUAUCUUUUUGUUUUUCAAGAUGUAUAUGACAGUUGACAGGUGUAAGUGCCAAGUCACUAAAGACAAUAGCCACCUGGGACUGGAAGUUUUCAAUGGCAUUGACCCCUGUCCAGGUUGCUCUGUCUAGGUAACAAGGUGAAGUGAUGUCUGGUAUUAAGGACAAGCAGUGCCUUCAACAAACAAAACAAUAAAUUGACAUCUGACAAUCAAUCUACUUCACUGUGACCAGAUGUUGUAUUAUAAGGAUGCCUAAAUAUUUUUCUGGAUUCUGUUAAUCCAGAACUGUUAAGUACUGCUAAGGGUUCUGCGUUCAUAUUGUUAGGUGGUAUUGGACUGUAGUUUGCUUCUGGUGUUUUUCUCUGGUUUUGGGUACAAGUAAUGGAGUGAGUUAGAGAGCGUUCCCUCCUCCACUGUUUGCAGGAGCUGGAGGUGGUAUGUAUGUUGAUAUUAUGUGUUUAUAAACAUUGUUCCUGGUCCCCGGCUCAGAGAUCUCCAACACUCUUUGAAACCCUGAUAGUAGGCAUAUCUUUUGUCACUCAUAACCAGCUGCUUUUGAUUUUCCCGUGAGUUUAGCCUAACACAGUGACUCUUGGCAUUAGGCUGUAGCUUGCCUCAGGAUAGGAGAAUGUUGCCCAUGGAAUAAACUAUUAGGAUCAGAGGCUUGGGGCUAUCAUCUCUAAGACAGAGGAAGGCUGCAGACCAAUUGAAGCUCCAAGGUCUAUUGACUUCAUCCGUCAUAAUUGCAUAGUGAACCUGGAUUGGAAAAUCUCAUGAACUAAGAGAGCCUCUGGUGAACAGGUUGCUGUACAAGGAGGCACUCUGGGAAGGGGAUGGAAGCACUUGGGCCCCAUCCCCUGGCUCUGAAUGCCUCUCGUGUACUGUUCAUCAGUAAUAUACUGUAAUUGUAAGGGUACAAGUUCCUCUGUCUGUUUGGUGCUCUAGUGAAAUAUGAAGCCAGAAGAACUGUAGAUGCCCUAACCUGUGAAGGUCCUCAGUGCAGCUGUAUCUGGAGUGGAACAUUACUGUGAGCCUGAGUCUUAACCUAGGAAUUAGCCUACUUAUUGGGAAAACCAAGAAAGAAUCAGCAUAAAUUUUUUCCCACUUCAGAUACUAUCUAAUCCUGUCUUUUCUUUGUUGAAAGGUUGUUAUAUUGUUGAUUUGAUCUAUUAUAAAUCGUCUGUUUAGAUCUUCUAUUUGUUCUUGGAAUUUGUAUAUUCUGUGUUUCUAGAAUUAGCUGUAUCUAGGUUGACAAAACCACUGGCCCAUAACUGUUCAUAGAAUUUUCUUACAAUCUCUUUUAUGUCGAAAAGGUUGGUGAUGUCUUCUCAUUACACAAACUAUGCGACCAAGAGAAGAAACAGAGGCACCUGGAAGAGUCCAGAGCAGAGAGAGGAAGAAGUAGACUGAGCAUGGCCAGCAGGCUGGACCUAACCAUGAGAGAAGCAGGAGAAGAGUGGAGAGAGAGAGAGGAAAGGACAGAACAGAGGGAGACCUUGGGGCAGCAGAGAGAGAAAUACAGAGGAGGACAGCCAAUAGCAGGGUUAUAAGGAGAAUGAGGAGCUGUGGGGAGGGAAGCCGAUGAGCUGGGGGAGUGUAAGGUAGGGGAGGUGAGGAGAACUAGGUACUUGUGAUAGUGAGGAAGCCUGGAGGCCAGCAUGCACUUCGGUAUGCUAAUAGGCACCACACUAGCCACUGUCUCUCCUGUCAGUGAUAAGGGAAAUGGUUCCUUUGCUAGAGCAGAAUCAGCUUCACAAGUUUCUGAGCAGUGCUGGCUUUUCUCCAACUACUAAAAUUUGGGGAAAUAGUUUCUUUUGGACCUGACACUCACUCCUUGUUUCUAGAUUUUAGUAAUUUGAGCUGUCUCCUUGUCUUGAUCAAUCAAGAUUCUUCUUGUUUGAGUUCCUUUUAUUUUCUUCUCCCAUGUAUGUUUGUGUGGGGUAUAUGCAUAUAUGGCAUAUAUUUGAAGUGUAGAUAUGUCUGCAUUAUUAUUUGCAUGUGUUUGUUCAUGUGUGUGUGCGUGCCUGUGCAUGUGCGUGUGGGUGCCUGAAGUUGAUGUUGUGAGUCUUCCUCAAAUUUGAAGAUUCUCUGUGGCAGGGUCUCCCAAAUAAAUGCUGAGCUCACAGACACUGCUCAUCUUACUAGCCCAGGCUGCUCGGGGAAUCCUCACCUUUCUCAGGAUCUAUUCUUCUCUGAGGCUUCAUAUCUCUCAAUAUCAUUCUUUUUACCUCCAGAGAUCUUUCUUUUUAAUUUUUUUUCAGAUCAGACCCACUAGCUGUGAAGAAGUCUCUCUGAUUUUCCUUCAUCUGUGAAUGCCUUUAUUUCACAGCUUAAUUUCUGAAGGAUUCUUUGGAGAAUAUCCAUUUCAGGGCUAAUGAUUUCAAUCCCCACUCCCACCCACCAGCCUCAGAAGUAAAAAGGAAUGUUAGCCAGAUGUGGUGACCCAGGCCUGCAGCAUCAGAACUCAGGAACGAAAGGCAAGAGGAUCCCAAGUCCUAGGUUAGCCUGUGUUGCAUAGCAAGACUCCAUCUCAAACAAAUACAUGCACAUUUGUUAUUUCCUCUGGUCUCCCUGAUUGCUUUACCAUUUUCCAAAUAUUUUCUUCUGUUUUUAAAAUGUUUUUCUUUAUUAUUAUUAUUGUUGUUGUUGUUAUUAAAGUUAAUAUGUAAUUGCUUCAUUCCUUCCCCCUCCCCCUGCAUUCUUCCAACAUGUUCACUGCCUUGAUUUCUCUUAAAUCCUUGGAGUUUGUUUCAUUAACAAUGUUACUUGUAUGUAUAUGAUUUCAGGACUGGCCUCUUGGUAUUGGAUAACCAACUUAAGGCAACUUAAGGGCUCUUCCCCAGGGAAGAGGAUUUCUCCUGCUCUCAGUCCUUCUUUUCGUCGUUGUUUUGUUUUUUUGCUUUUUUUUUCCAGGACAGGGUUUUUCCAUGUAGCUCUAGCUGUCCUGGAACUCGCUCUGUAGACCAUGUUGGUCUUGAAUUCACAGCAAUGAUCCUGGGAUUAAAGGCGUGUGCUGUCAUCAUCCAGGGUCAGCACUCCUCAGGUGCAGGCAGUCUAGGGUUAGGACCUUGUGAGCUUUCUUCGUCUAUGGUUAGGGCACAGUGAGAUGCCUCCCUUCCGUGUCAGCAGAUCUAUUAUUUCAAGUGUCACCGUUGCUCAGGACUAGCCAGUCUGUUUAAUUACGUGAAUUGCUUCCCAUAUAUCUUUGGUUAUGUUUCCUCAGAAUCUUUUAUCUUUAUCUUCUCUGGAACCCGACACUUUGGGACCAGGCUAUUUCCUUUAGUUUAAAAUAUUCUUCAAGGUCCAUCCACAUGAUAGCAAGUGUCUGGAGUUCCUUCCUGUGUAAGCAUUCUUAUUAGCCCCAUGGUGCUGGACAAUCCCUCCUGUUAACUACAGCUAUACCUGUCAGGGUAUGGGGGGAGGUGGCAAGCUAUUGUUUAAUGAGUCAGAGAUUUGAUUCUCAAAGAUGAAAAUAUUAAGAAUGAUGGCAUUGGCUAUAGGACAAUGAGAUUGAUAUUCCUGAAAAAAACAUUCAUGCUGGUGAAUUUUACGCUAUGUAUACUUUUAAUCUCAAUUCCAAAAAUGUGAUGAAUAGUCCUUAAUACCCUCCUCCUAGUAGCAGUUGACCCAAGGAGGAAAACCCUGUAAGCAUCGAGCUUCCACCCUCUCUGGUAAAAUGGAUUCACUGCUGAUGAGGCAAUUUUUAGUCCUCCUGUGGAAAAACUUCCUCUUAAAGAGCCGGAAGGUGUUUGGCUUAGUGGUGGAGAUCAUCUUGAUAUUUCUGUUGUUUGUAUGGACUUUGACCGUACGCAGAAUUUCAAAGAAGAAAUUUAUUCCUGCCAUGAUUUUCAAUCCUAUUCCCUUGACAUUACCUGGGUUCCUUAAUCAGAACUUUGACUAUGAAUUGGCUUACGUGCCUUCUGAUAGUAAUGCAGCAAGAAAUAUUACUGAGAUGGUGAAAAAGGAUUUAAACUUCAACUUUAAAGUUCAAGGUUUUUCUUCGGAAGAAUCUUUUGAGAAAUACAUUAAGUAUGAAGACAAGGCUGAGCAUGUGCUGGCUGCUAUUGUGUUUGAUCACAAGUUCAAAACCAGCAACGAACCCUUGCCGCUUCAGGUAAAAUAUAGUUUGCGCUUUGGUCGUAUGUAUGAUCCGGAAAACGUGUUAAAGCCAUCUGAGAGACAGAAAGAAACAGAGUGGAAUACAUCAAUUCUCUUCCCAUCCGUGCCUUCUCUAGGACCCCGGAACGUCUUGGAAAAUGAUGGGGGAAACCCUGGAUAUAUCAGAGAAGGAUUUCUUCUCGUGCAGCAUUCCGUAGACAAGGCCAUCAUGAUGCAUCACAGUGGCAGAGCAGCCGAAGCCAUGUUUGCUAACACCACAAUUUAUGCGAGGAGAUUCCCAUACCCAGCCUUCAUUCAUGACAACUUCUUGUGGACUUUCAUUGUUAUGUUUCCUUGGACAAUUUUAUUUACAUUUACUCAAAUGGCACUUGACAUAAUUGGGACGAUUAUGUUGGAAAAGGAAAAGCGAUUAAAGGAAUACCAGCUCAUGGUGGGACUCAGUAAUGCUAUGCUCUGGGUUUCCUAUUUCAUCACCUUCUUAUUGAUGUAUUUCAUCAUCAUCUGUUUGCUGUGUGGGAUUUUAUUUCUCAAGAUUACGCAUGAGAGAGUCUUUCAACACAGUGACCCGCUCUUCAUCGCCUUCUACUUCCUGUGUUUUGCCAUCUCCUCCAUGUUGCUCGGCUUCAUGAUUAGCACAUUCUUUAACAGAGCUUCUCUGGCCACUUCUAUUGCAGGGUUCCUUCAUUUUCUCACCUUCUUUCCAUAUUUGAUCGUAUUUAGUCUGUAUGAUCAGACAAGCCUCAGUGGGAAGCUGGCUCUCUGUCUCAUUACCAACACCGCACUAGCAUUUGGGACUGACUUGAUAUGCAAGCUGGAAAUGAAGGGGCAUGGUGCUCAGUGGUACAACUUUGCUACAAAAGUAAACCCUGACGAUGACUUAACCUUGGCCCACAUAAUAGGAAUGUUUUUAUUUAGUGCUUUUCUGUACGGCCUUGUGGCCUGGUAUGUAGACGCUGUCUUUCCAGGGAAGUAUGGUGUGCCCAAGCCCUGGAACUUUUUCCUGCAGAAAACCUACUGGUUUGGAGAGCCAGCCUUAAGCAGGGAAGAGAGCCAAGUCAGUGAUUUACCUCCAAGUGAUUUUAUGGAGCCCGAACCUGUUGACUUAGAGGCUGGCAUCCAGAUUCAGCAUCUGUACAAGGAAUUCACCUUAAAAAACAGUACCCUGAUGGCAGUAAAAGACUUGUCUUUGAACUUGUAUGAGGGGCAGAUAACUGUUCUUCUUGGACAUAAUGGGGCAGGAAAAACCACCACCUUGUCCAUUCUCACAGGUUUGUAUCUUCCUACCAAAGGAAAGGUCUAUAUUAGUGGAUACGACAUCUCAUCUGACAUGGUUCAAGUUAGGAAAAGCUUGGGCUUGUGUCCCCAGGAUGACCUGUUGUUCCCACUGCUGACGGUGUCAGAACACCUUUAUUUCUACUGUGUGAUAAAAGGAAUAUCUUCGACGAACCGACCUAGAGAAAUCCACAGAAUGCUCACCUCUUUUGGCCUGCUGCAGAAAAGUAAUACCAUGUCAAAGGAUCUGAGCGGAGGAAUGAAGCGCAAGCUCUCAAUCAUUAUAGCUCUAAUAGGGGACACUAAGGUGGUGAUACUUGAUGAGCCAACAUCUGGCAUGGAUCCAGUCUCAAGGAGGGCCAUCUGGGACCUGCUUCAGCAUUAUAAAAAGGACCGUACCAUCUUACUGACCACACACCAUAUGGAUGAGGCUGAUGUGCUGGGGGACCGGAUUGCCAUCCUGGUCAUGGGGGUCCUGAAGUGCUGCGGCUCUUCGCUUUUCCUGAAGAAACUAUAUGGAGUGGGGUACCACCUAGUCAUAGUGAAGACUCCUGACAGUGACGAUGGAAAAAUCUCCCAGCUGAUUAAGAACUACAUACCAACUGCCGAGAUGGAGACCAAUGUUGCAGCUGAGCUGUCAUUCAUCCUGCCCAAGGAGCACACACACAGGUUUGCAGAACUUUUCACAGACCUAGAAGAAAGACAAGAAGAGCUCGGCAUCUCUGGCUUUGGUGUCUCCAUGACUACCAUGGACGAGGUUUUCUUCAAGGUCAGUAAUCUGGCAGAUUUGAAGUUGAACACUGAGAUUGCUCAAUCAGCUUCUACAGUGAACCCAAGCACAAGUGAAAACAACGAGAAUAUGAAUGUGCCCAGAAAUUUUGAACGAUCAGGUUACUCAGGAAGAUAUUCUGAUUCUUCAUUCAAUGCCGGGUGGCCUCUUUAUAUGCAGCAGUUCCGGGCCAUGUUCAUCAAAAGGGUGAUGUUCUCUUGGCGCAACUGGAAACUGCUGCUGCUGCAGUUGCUGGCACUUCAGGGUCUCACGUAUGUUCUGAUAAAAGGAAUAGGCUUCUCAGUACCCAAAGAGCCUGCCCGGGUGAUGGAUUUGGAGCAGUACGGCGAGACCACUGUCCCUUUCUCAGUUUCUGGAGAUCCUCCUUUGACCCAGAAACUCACCAAAAAUCUCGAGAUCAUGUUGAAAGAUAAAAAACAAAAAGUUCAUGAAGUGCAAGGUGGUGUGCAGGACUACUUGCUCACAAACAAAGACUGCAUUUACUCAUGCAUCGUUGCCUUCUCCCUUGAUGUUACCAGAAAAGAAAAGACAUUUACUUUUUGGUUUAACAAUGAGGCAUACCAUGCAUCACCAUUAUCUUUAUCGAUAUUAGACAACAUUAUUUUUAAAUAUCUCUCUGGCCCUGAUGCCACCAUUACUGUCUCCAACAAGCCUCAGCCCCAACCUUUCACCAAAGGCAGAUCUGAAGAAAGAAGUGCAUCAGGAAUCCAGAUAGUCUUUAACUUGCUUUUUGGGAUGAGCAUUUUCACCAGUGGCUUUUGCCUUAUGACAGUGACUGAGAGAGUUAGUAAAGCGAAGCACAUCCAGUUUGUGAGUGGUGUCUACACCUUGAAUUUUUGGCUCUCUGCUCUGCUGUGGGAUCUCAUCAUCCACUUCGUUGCCUGUGUCCUGUUGCUGCUGGUGUUCCUAUACACUGAUGUGCAUAUACUGUUGGAGAACUACAACUUCCUAGACACAAUGCUCAUCCUUAUGUUGUUUGGCUGGUCUAUCAUCCCCUUCAUCUACCUGCUAAGCUUCUGGUACAACAAUAGCACCAAUGCCUACAUCAAGAUCUUUGUCUUCAACCACUGUUUAGGGUUUAUGAGCAUAAUUGUGGAUGCUGUGGUAGAACUGAUACCAGACAUUAAAACUAGUACUAAGAACCUCAUACUUAACUCACUGCUGCUGUUACCCAUUUAUAACUUUGGGAUGAGUAUCUUCAAAUACUAUAGCAUCCAGGAGAUAAGGAAAUUAUGUUCUUCUUUGGGAUCUCUUAAUACCUUUUCAGGUUGCCAACAUGAACUUACUGUAUACAGUAUGGACAAAAGAGCAAUUGGAAGGCAUGUGACUGCCAUGGCCGCCACAGGGCUGAUAUACUUCCUCUUCAUUAUCCUUCUGGAGACUACUUCAUGGAAUCUAAAGGCCUUCAUAUAUCGAUAUGUUUUAUUUGGUAUCUAUAAGAUAUUUUAUAAGGCUAGAAUGUCCAAGGAGUUAUCCGGAGACUCAGAAGACGAAGAUGUACAAAAUGAAAGAGAGACUAUCCUGCAGCAUUCUUGGCACUCACUGAAUUCUACUGUGCUCAUUAAAAAACUCAUAAAGAUAUAUUUUAAAAUUCCACCAACUCUGGCUGUGAGAAAUAUCUCUCUCACCAUUCAAAAGGAGGAAUGCUUUGGAUUACUUGGGUUAAAUGGAGCUGGGAAAACUACUACCUUUAAAAUUCUGACUGGAGAAGAGAUAGCUACCUCUGGGGAUGUGUUCAUUGAAGGUUACAGCAUCACUAGAAAUAUCUUGAAGGUAAGGUCCAAAAUUGGCUAUUGUCCACAGUUUGAUGCCUUGCUGGAUUACAUGACUUCUCGGGAGAUAUUGACAAUGUAUGCCAGGGUGUGGGGGAUUCCAGAGAACAAUAUUAGAUCCUAUGUGAACAACUUGUUGAAAAUGCUGUAUCUGAAACCACAGGCUGAGAAGUUUAUUUACACUUUGAGUGGAGGAAACAAACGUAGGCUGAGCACCGCGAUUGCCAUAAUGGGAAACUCCUCAGUUGUCUUCCUAGAUGAGCCGUCUACUGGCAUGGACCCACUAGCCCGGCGCAUGCUCUGGAACGCAGUGAUAAGGACGAGAGAGAGUGGCAAGGUCAUCAUCAUCACCUCUCACAGCAUGGAAGAAUGUGAAGCGCUCUGUACCAGGCUAGCCAUCAUGGUGCAGGGAAAGCUGGUGUGCCUGGGCAGCCCUCAGCAUCUCAAGAACAAAUUUGGCAAUAUUUACACCAUGAACAUCAAGUUCAAAACUGGCACCGAUGACGACGUGGUGCAGGAUUUAAAAAAUUACAUCGCCGAGGUUUUCCCAGGUAGUGACUUAAAGCAAGAGAAUCAAGGGAUCCUUAAUUACUACAUUCCCAGCAAGGACAACAGCUGGGGAAAGGUGUUCGGCAUUCUGGAGAAGGCGAAGGAGGACUACAAUCUAGAAGACUAUUCCAUCAGUCAGAUCACCCUGGAGCAAGUCUUCCUGACCUUUGCCAACCCAGAUAACACAGAGAGUGGCUAUGAGAAAGCAGUGCCUUGAGAUUCAGUUACAACAGGAGAUUAUGACGUCUUCAUUCAAAUGCACUUGGGUUCGGAGAGGGAUGUGUGUGUAUGUAUAUAUAACUUUGUGUAAAUAUAUUUACAUUAAAAAUGUAUCCCCUUCAUUAAAGA